AUGCCACCUAGCCAUUCACCAGCUGGUGAUAUCAAUCACAACAAUAAGCAAAUCCUUGCGCCAAAGCUGAAUAUUUUCUCGCCCACUCAAUCCAACUCAAUCCAAUUCAAUCCGCCAGCUAUUCGCGCCAAAAUCCACCUCGAGACCCACGCCAAGAUUCCGGUACCUGGCAUGAUCCGCAUCUUUGCAACAAUACUAUCUACUUCAUGCCCUCGCCCUCGGAAUAUCCCAGCCCUGUCAAUCCUGUCCAUCUCCGUUCGCGCGCGUUUCCGGUUCAAGAAAUUCAUUCGAUGUGCUGGUCCGAGUCCGAGUGCGAGAAGCUCAUUGUGUCUACCAACGCCUCUUGUCCAAUGA